AUGAGAUUCAUAAAUUCAGUAUUCAGUUCCAGGAACAUCCGCUGCCUUAGGCCUUUAGUACAUCUACGCAGCUCACAUUGUUUCCAGGCAUCCAGGUCAUUCAGUUCACCCACAAAGGAGUUUGUUAGGUCAGUUUUUUCAGACGUCGCCAAGAACUAUGACUUGAUGAACGAUUUGAUGAGUGUUGGAAUCCACAGGUUUUGGAAGGAAGUAUUGGUUCAGGAGGUCAUUUCGUCUCUGAAAAUGACACACCGACACCUUUCAAAGGACUAUUUUUCCAAUGAUUUUGUUCCAGAUAUUAUAAAUAUUUUUGGUGUAAAAAUUGUAUAUAUUCAUUUAGAUGAUAUGGUUGUUGAUAUUUUGGACUUGGCUGGAGGAACUGGCGAUAUUGGCAUCCGCAUAGCUGAGUUGUCGAAAAAUUUGAAAUUUGAAGACUCGAAUGGAUUUGUACUAUACGACAGCCUAAAAAUAACACCCAAGAUAGUCGUUUGCGACCCUUCUGAAGAGAUGACCAAACUUGGGCAGGAGAAGUCUGAAAAAGCCGGAGUUCAGGGCCUUUCCUGGGUUAACGCAGAGGCCGAGAAACUUCCCUUUGAAGACUGUUCUUUUGACAUCAUUACCAUCGGGUUCGGAGUUAGAAACUUCAGUGACAGGAACGCUGGCCUAAGUGAAUGUUACCGAGUUCUGAAGCCCGGCGGUCGUCUCUUAAUUCUUGAGUUCAGCCACUGUGAGAAUGAGCUUCUCUCUGUCCUCUACAAGACUUAUUCCGACAAGUUAAUUCCUUUCCUCGGCUCAGUGGUUGCCAAGAACGAGGAGGCCUAUGACUACCUUGUGGACUCUAUUCGGAAAUUCCCCAACCAGCAGGAGGUUGCUGAGAUUCUUAAAUCGCUUGGAUUUUUACACGUUUCUUACCGCAAUUUGACUGGCGGCAUCGUCUGCAUUCACUCUGGAUUUCGGAAACUUUAA